AUGAAUGCAACAGAAUCAUUAAUUCAAAAUCAACGAUAUAAAGAUCAAUGUUCAGGUGAUAUUAUUGAAACAAUAACGACACAUACACACAAUUUUUGUACAAAUUGUGGUCAUGAAACAACGCCGAUAACAAAUUCAUCAUCAGUCAUCCAAUCAAAUCAAACAAACACAACAACAGUGAUACCGAAAUAUAUUGUAUCAAAAACACAGCAGAUAUUACCAAUUUAUCAUCCAGAACCCGGUGCAAGUUUAGCAUCAACUAUCAUUGAUGAAGUAAAUCAUUCUAUAACAUCACCAUCAUUGAUUUUCAAAGUCAGAUCAGAUGAAACAUCAAUCAUAACACAGCAAAAGAAACCCAUACUCGUACAAAAAUUAGCUAUUGUUGAACCACUUGUUAUUCAGCCUCAAAGACAAUUAUCUCCAACAAGUAAUAUAUCGAGUAAAGAUCAAGAUCAAGAAGAUCAAUUAAAUGAAUCAGAUGAUAGUGAAGUGCAAUCAUUGAAUGGACCAGAAAAUCCAAAAUAUAAAACAGAAUUGUGUCGAAAUUUUACUGCUUAUGGAUGCUGUAGUUAUUCAUCGAGAUGUCAAUUUGCACGUAUGUACAUGAUUUUUGCAGAUUCUCUAGGCAAAUUGCAAAAAAUAAUGAUAUAUUUUCGAGAUAGUUGGUUUCAAAAUUUGUUAUGUUCAUUAAGUUUUUUGAUUAAUUUAGACGGACUACAUGAACUGAAAUGUAGAACGAGACAUCCAAAAUAUAAGACUGAAGUUUGUCGAAAUCAUAUUAGCGGCUAUUGUAAAUAUGGUUCACGAUGUCAGUUUAUCCAUCGUACAGAAGAAUCAAAAGCUCGUCAAGCGGUCACUGUACAGAAACAAGAGCAACAAUCUUUACCAUUACAUAAUUUGCUUGGCACAGUUCCACCAAAUACUUCAACAUCUCCGAUAUUACCGCAAGUUCAACCUCUAUUUAUGCCAAUGUUACCCGAUCCAAAUUCAAUAGCUGCCUUAUACUUGUUGUUGGCUCAGUCAGCAGCAUUUGGUAUUCAACAACAAAGAAAUGAGAAUGUAGGUGCAUUAGCUGCUCUCACAUCCGUUGCGGCGACAAGUACUUUAAAACAAGCUGUUCAACAACAAUAUCAAAGACAGCAAACUUCACAUUUCACUCGCUCCAGUUGUGGUAGUGAAACAACGGGUGUCUAUCCUGUUUUUCCAACGGCUAUAAAUGUUCCAUUUAAUACAAAUGCCAUUGCAUCAAUUCCAUCAGACAAUCAAUAUCAACAAAACAAUCAUCCAUUAACUAAUACAAACUAUAACAGUGUCACAGAACAAGUUCAAGAAACAAUAAACAUCACUAGCACUGGUAUUUCUCGUCCACAAAGUUGUGAAUAUAGACUAGAUAAUGAGAGUAAUACAAAAAAUUCAAUGUUAAUGAAUGAAGAUAUAAAUGGUUCGUCACUAUCAUCACAAAAUAGACGAACAAGAAAAUCUUCUGCACAUAUUUAA